UGCGAGUUGAAUUUCUCGGAGCCCAAACGCUGCCUGUGGAAGUUGGUGUAUGCUGCUUAGCUUAUAUAGCAUAACGCUUCUGUUCGUUUCUGAUCUCGUUUACAAAUAAAAAAAAUGGCAGCUAGAUAUGAUCGAGCUAUAACUGUUUUCUCUCCCGACGGUCAUCUCUUUCAAGUGGAAUAUGCUCAAGAAGCGGUGAAGAAGGGCUCUACGGCGGUUGGAAUCCGGGGUAAAGACAUCGUUGUUCUGGGUGUAGAAAAGAAGUCUGUAGCCAAGCUGCAAGAGGAGAGAACGGUUAGGAAGAUCUGUGCUCUCGAUGAGCAUGUGUGUAUGGCCUUUGCAGGUCUCACGGCUGAUGCAAGGAUCGUCAUUAACAGAGCAAGAGUGGAGUGUCAGAGUCACAGACUUACAGUAGAAGACCCGGUUACUGUAGAAUACAUCACACGUUACAUUGCUACGCUUAAACAGCGUUAUACCCAGAGCAAUGGCAGGCGGCCAUUUGGCAUCUCCGCCCUAAUUGUGGGGUUUGACUAUGAUGGGACUCCACGUCUGUAUCAGACCGAUCCUUCAGGGACGUACCACGCAUGGAAGGCAAAUGCGAUCGGACGCAGUGCCAAAACUGUGCGCGAGUUUCUUGAGAAGAACUACACGGAUGAAGCCAUUGCUAGCGACAACGACGCUAUCAAACUGGCUAUUAAAGCCUUGCUGGAGGUUGUCCAGACUGGUGGAAAGAAUAUUGAGCUGGCUGUGAUCAGGAGAAACCAACCUCUCAAGAUCCUAGAGUCCAAAGAAAUCGAGACACUGGUUGCCGAAAUCGAGAAGGAGAAAGAGGAGGAAGCUGAGAAGAAGAAACAGAAGAAGUCCUCAUAGGUUCUAAACAUACUCAAACUCAACUUCAAUACGCCGUUAUCAUUUAUUUGUUUUUCUUUUUUUUUUCUUUUUUUUAUACUGGCACAAGCACUUGGUCCACAGUUCGCCUCACUCAGGCCUCAUUUCUCAUCCACUGUUGCAGCGUCGAUAAUAAGAUUUAUUAUUAGGUAAUAAAUCCCCUUUCAUUACAGCACUGUUGUUUGACAUGCCUUUUUUAUGUCUUUAAUGAGAGGCUUUUUGUGCAGAUGAAAUUUGAAGCUACACCUUAAUUGGAUAUAAUGUACGAACCUAACGUUGCCUUCCAAACACAGUGACGGACAUUUAUAAGACUAAUUUCCCUGGUGUUUCAUUUGUCGACUGCUGUGAGCUCCAUAAUACAACUGAGGAUUUUGUAUGGAUUUGCUCAGACUAAUUCACCCAAAUAAAGUAUUGUGGUUUGUA